AUGUGCUGUGGUUGCAAGUCCUUAAAAAGUCGUGAUCCACGGAGGUAUACGAAGCCGGUCGCAUCUUGCCGUAUCGUUGACGGCUACUUCACUACCGAUCCUCGGAAUCCCAAACGACCGCACUUCUGCGAGCCUCGCCUCACAACUAAAGCAACAGCUCGACGUCUCAUCAUAGGAAAAUGCAAUGAACUGAGAGAUGGUACUACUGGAAGCCGACCGGCCGCGCAGGAACUAGACGAAUUACUGGCGAGGAUAUCUUCUGAAGAGUUUGGAGGCUUCUCAACAGAAGAAAGAGCAACGAUGGUAAAACAAAUAGUUUGUCCCAGUGAAUACGGCAGGGAUAAUGCUCGAAGAAUAAUUCAACGAGCGCAGCAACGGGCACGACAAGGAGAUGUAAGUUUUAUAACUUUUGCAUAUUUUCAAUGUUUGUAA